AUGGCAUCGAGAUCGUCGCGACCGCGCCGGUCGGUUAGCCGGAAAAGUUUUGUUAUCGAGGAAAGCUCAGAAGAUGAACCGGCUUCUGGGCGCGUUACGCCCAGCAUCCCUAGCAAUGACGACGAGGAGGACGAUGAGGAGGAUUACACACCUGUUCCAAAGCGCAGAGUAUCGCGGAGGGUCUCGAAGCCGCCUGUGGAAGAGCCAACUACGCCGACUCCAGCAACGAGACGCUCCAGCCGCCGCCAUUCGAGAAUGAGCGGGAGGGAGUCUACGAUAUCAACGACAGAAGAGAGCGUUCUCUCGGUGGAGGAAGAGCCCGAAUUGCCGUCAAGACGCACAUCGAAAGCUAGGCAGAGUGUUCCUAGGAGCCAAAGCAGUCGACAGUCAUCUAUAGAGGUUUCCUCACUUCCAACCCCCGCACAGUCUCAAUCUCCAGAAACUGAUCGUGCACAGCCAAGAAGACCCAGCGGGACGCCGCUCGCAGAUAUUACCGAAAAUGCCGUUAAUCAGACCCCCUCGGACGCUCCUGAUAUAGAGAAAUCUGUCAUCGAUAGAAUUGACCCGACAACCAGCGUGCUAGAGCGACCUAUGGAUAUCAUGCUCAAAUCUCGAUCGGCGCCCCAGGUAGCAGAGGAGGAGCCUUCAGGUCCCAAGCAGAGAAUGGUUAUCACCCACCUUGUUCUCACUAAUUUUAAAAGCUAUGCCGGACAGCAAUUCGUCGGGCCUUUCCACGCUUCCUUCUCUUCUGUUGUUGGACCUAACGGCUCGGGCAAAUCCAACGUUAUUGACUCUCUGCUGUUUGUUUUUGGGUUUAGAGCCAGUAAAAUGCGCCAGGGGAAGAUAUCAGCACUGAUACACAACUCAGCGAACUUCCCCAACCUACCAUUUUGUGAGGUCGAGGUUCAUUUUCAGGAGAUUAUAGAUUUACCCGAUGGAGGUCAUGAAGUUGUGCCAGGCUCGCAGCUGGUCGUUUCCCGGCGAGCUUUCAGGAAUAACACCAGCAAAUAUUAUAUGAAUAAAAAAGAGGCAAAUUUCACAACUGUUACUGAAUUUUUGAAAGGCCGAGGGAUUGAUCUGGACCACAAGCGUUUCCUCAUUUUGCAAGGUGAAGUUGAAUCAAUUGCUCAGAUGAAAGCCAAAGCUGCAAAUGAACACGAUGAUGGUCUGCUUGAAUACCUUGAAGAUAUUAUUGGAACGUCAAAAUACAAAACGCCAAUCGACGAGGCAGCAGCGGAGGUUGAAGUUCUGAAUGAAACCUGCAAUGAAAAGAACAAUCGAGUUCAACACGUUGAGAAGGAAAAGGCCAGCCUCGAAGAUAAGAAAAACAAAGCGCUUGCGUACAUCAAGGACGAGAAUGAACUGGUUGAAAAGCAAUCCGCCCUUUAUCAAAUAUAUAUUGACGAAUGCAACGAUAAUACAAAUGUCACCCAAGAAGCAAUUUUACAGAACCAGGAGCUACUCAACCUGGAGCUUGAAAAGCACCAAGGCAACGAAGAUGAAAUUAAGCAACUUCAACGAGCGUAUAAAAAGACCGCGAAAGAAUAUGAGGUCAUGGAAAAGGAAACCCAAGGCAUAAUGAAAGAAAUGGCGAAAUAUGAUAAAGAAUCAGUCAAGCUUGAAGAGAAGCGGAAAUUCUUAAACACCAAGCUAAAGAAACUAGAGAAGACGAUGAACGCGAGUCGCCUUGCUGCUUCUGAAUGUGCCAGCUUGGUUGAGAGGCAUAACGACGACUUCGAAAAGAAAUCCGCAGAGAUCGCAGCCCUCGAAAAGGAGAUGAAGGAGGAGGAGAAGGAGCUUGCGGCCAUCCGCGAAAGCCUUAAAGGAAAAACACAGGGGCUCUCAGAACAAAUUGCUGCUAAGCAGACGUCCCUAGAGCCAUGGAAAGAGAAAAUUAAUGAAAAACAGUCCGCCGCAGCUGUUGCUCAGAGUGAACUGGAUAUUCUUCGUGAGAAAAGCAAUGCUGGUGCGGUUGCAUUGGAAGAAGCGCAAGCUAAAAUUGUAUCUAUCAAAGAAGAAAUGGCUGCGAAGGCAUCCGAACUCGAGCAAUGCCGAGCUGAAAAGACCAAUCUUGAGCAUGAAGUCGCUGCUUGCGAAGCUAACGUGAAAAAGUUUGCUGAGAAAGAACCCGAAUACCGUUCAAGGCUGUCUCACCUGAGACAGAAGGCAGACGAGGCUAGAGCCAGUUUAUCAAGCACUCAAACCCAGGGGAAUGUUCUAUCAGGCCUAAUGAGACUCAAGGAAUCCGGGCGUAUUGAAGGAUUCCAUGGUCGACUCGGCAAUCUGGGAACAAUCGACGAGAAAUACGAUGUGGCCAUAUCGACAGCUUGCCCGGCACUUGAUAAUUUGGUUGUUGAUACCGUGGAAGUCGGCCAGCAAUGCAUUGACUAUCUCCGUAAAAACAACUUGGGCCGCGCAAACUUCAUAUUACUUGACAGGUUACCACGGAGAGACAUGUCCUCUGUUUUUACUCCUGACAGUGUUCCCCGUUUAUUUGACCUUGUCAAACCUGCGGACGAGAAAUUCAAGGCUGCAUUUUACAGUGUGCUCCAAAACACCCUGGUAGCGAAGGACUUGCAGCAAGCUAACAAGAUUGCAUACGGUGCACGAAGAUGGAGAGUGGUGACACUAGAUGGACAGCUCAUUGAUGUUUCCGGUACGAUGAGCGGUGGAGGAACUCGAGUUGCUAGAGGAGGAAUGUCCUCUAAGCCUGUGGCUGAAGUUUCAAGGGAACAAGUUGCUAAGCUUGAUGCCGAUCGAGACGCAAUGGAGAAAAAAUUCCAGGCAUUUCAAGAAAGGCAAAGGGAGCUGGAGUCAGAACUGAAAACAACUAAAGAUUCUAUUCCCAAAGUUGAGACGGCCAUCCAAAAACUUCAACUUGAGAUUGACAGCUCAAAGCGAAAUCUUGUGGAUACCCAACGCCGGGUGAAAGAGUUGUCAGAAGAGCACAAACCAUCUUCUACCGAUGAGAAACGGGAGGCCAGUCUUGAAAAGACUAUCAUGGCUCUAGAGAAAGAGGUUGAGAACUUGCGGUCCGAAAUGGCUGGAGUAGAAGAGGAAAUUCAGACCCUCCAAGAUAAAAUCAUGGAGGUUGGCGGUGUCAGACUCAGAGGCCAGAAAGCCAAAGUUGAUGGUCUGAAGGAACAAGUGCUACUUCUUACAGAAGAAGUAUCCAAUGCUGAGGUGUCGAAGUCUAAGAACGAGAAGCUUCACAUUAAACAUGAGAAAUCUCGUGCUGACGCAGAGUCCGAACUCGAACAUGUUCGGGAAGACAUUGAAAGGCUGGAUGAGGAAGCUAGAAGCCAAGCUAAGGCAGUAUCUGGAAUUAAGCAAAAGACAGAGGAAGCAGAAGAGGCAUUGCAGACCAAACAAGAGGAGUUAACAGCCCUCAAGUCAGAGCUAGAUGAAAAAACAGCAGAGUUAAACGAGACCCGGGCCGUCGAGAUUGAGAUGCGAAACAAGCUUGAGGAAAGCCAGAAGGCCUUGCUAGAGAACGAGAAGCGGGCAAAAUACUGGCACGAUAAAUUCUCGAAGCUCUCCCUACAAAAUAUCAGUGACCUCGGUGAGGAAGAAGCAGUAGACAACUUACAAAUAUAUAGCAAGGAUGAACUGGCAGAGAUGAACAAAGAGUCCCUGAAGGCUAUGAUUGCUGCUCUUGAGGAGAAGACGCAAAAUACUUCUGUCGAUUUAUCUGUUCUAGGCGAAUACCGUCGCCGUGUCGCCGAACAUGAGACCCGUUCGGCAGACCUGGCAGCGGCUCUUGCUAGCCGUGACGCUGCCAAAUCGCGCCUUGAUACUCUACGUUCCCUCCGCCUCACUGGCUUCAUGGAAGGAUUCAGCACGAUAUCUCUCCGCCUAAAAGAAAUGUACCAGAUGAUCACAAUGGGCGGUAACGCUGAGCUGGAACUCGUCGACUCUCUGGAUCCAUUCUCCGAAGGUAUCUUGUUCUCAGUCAUGCCUCCGAAGAAAAGCUGGAAAAAUAUCAGCAACCUGUCUGGAGGAGAGAAAACACUCUCCAGUUUGGCUCUUGUCUUCGCUUUGCACCACUACCGUCCCACACCGCUGUACGUAAUGGACGAGAUUGACGCCGCAUUAGAUUUCAGAAAUGUCUCAAUCGUGGCAUCUUAUAUCAAGGAGAGAACCAAGAAUGCGCAAUUCAUCGUCAUCUCGUUGCGAAACAACAUGUUUGAGCUCGCCUCUCGCCUUGUAGGUGUCUAUAAAGUGAACCAUAUGACAAAGAGCGUCACAAUCGAAAAUAGAGAUUACAUCGAAGGAAGAAAUUGA